GGCUGCAGAAUAAAACCACAAAAAUUCUGCUUUGAAAACAAGAUACAAAUCAGCAUGCCACUGGGACAGGGGGCUUUUUUGAUGGGUUUCACAUCACGGACCUCCUGCCUUGCACAAAGCAGCAUUUGCAGAGCAAUUGCAAAGAAGAACAGAGCUGGAGAAGUCAGCUACAGGUCAGCAAUGCAUGGACAUGGGAAUCAAAACUGCAUAGGAACAGGGGCUGUAAAACAUCCCCGUGCCUUGUGUGCUCUGUAAGAACACAGCAUGCUUUGACAUCCACACUGGACCACUUAUGCAAGAGUAAGUGAAGGUGUCAGAAUCUUUCUCAAGAAAUGCAGCCUGGGGCCGGAGUCCACAUCACGGGACUUGUCCCCAUGUUGAGCAGGGCUGGAUGUGAUGGGAGAGCCCCAAAUGGCUGAGAGACAGCAGACUGCCAUGGCUGAUCUGAUUUCAAGAAGGAGCGCAGCCAGUCUGAAUCUCAACUGAAGUCAUGGCUAGAAAAUCCAUUAAAAACAACACAAUAACAAAGAACAGCCUGAGUUCUGGAUCUGUACUGGAGUUCUGUGGAAAUCAUUCAGGUCUGAACCCUGGAUCUUCAAAGAAGGGGGUCCUGAUGACAUCACAUCCUCUCCUAUCAGUUACGCUGCCUAAAAAGUUAAGAGACAAAGAUCACCCGCGCUGCGCUGCACCGCCCCGAGGACGAUGGCCGCGUCUCCUGCACUGCUCCUCCUGCUCAGCCUCACGCUCUGCCACAUCGGCACCCAGGGAAAAGGGGACACAGUGGUGGCCAGGUUCCUUAACAAGAAUAUGAAGCACCCUAAGGACGGACAGCGGCUGGAGCUGGAGUGCCUGAAUUAUGACAUGUACAGUGGUGUCUCCUGGAUCCGCCUGGACAAGGAUGGGAUCCUUCACUUCAUUGCUUAUACUUCCACGUCAUCCCGGACCAUCUUCUUGGGGAAUGAGAGAACAUCUUCAAAAUUUGAAGGGUCAAAACAAGGCAAUUCCUACCGGCUGGUGGUGAAGUCCUUCAGGGCACAGGACCAGGGGACCUAUUUCUGCGUAACCAACAACUACCAGGAGCUGCACUUCAGCUCUGGACAACCCGCCUUCUUCCCAGGUCAGCAACACCUUCACCCACCUUGCUUACACACACCACCCCUCCCCGUGCCUUUUCUAUCCAUCCCAUCGCCCACACUCCCCAUCUCCCUGCUUCUUUGCACAACGCGUCUCAUCACACACGCACUGCUCCUCCUCAUACAGGCUCCCUGCCCACCAGCUCCGCUCGCGCUACCGGCCCUGCCCAAACACAGAGGUGGUCGCGCAGCCCAGCGGCACCUCCCCAUCCCAUCAGCGCCUCUGAGGGAUGAGAGUAACAAAGUCCGCAGCCACCCCCUCCUUACUCAACUCAAAUUAAUCCGGAAUGUCCUGACAGCCUCCAGACACUAACAGCACCUCAAAAGGAGACUCCCAGGUGAGGUGGAGGUUGGACUGAGGAAGGACAAGAUUCCCAGGUCCCUCAAAACAUUGUUUCCAGUAAGAAUGAUCUCUGAAUGUGCUGCUAAGGAAUUAGGAACCCUGAGCCUUCUAUUGCCAUGGCUGGGCAGUGUAUUACUUAUCAAAAGGGGCCCUAAAGAUCCCCCUGUGUUGGCAGAUUCCUUGGAGGGGUGGCAGAAGGCAGUUUUAUUCUGUUUUGAUGGAUUCAUCCAUUUCUCCUA